UCAAACUUAAAGCACUAAACUUUAGCAAAAGAGAGAGAGAGAGAUCUAAAGAAUCUGGGGAAUGGAAUUUGUGUUAACAGUAGCGGAGCUCGGCCUCACGCUGCUGCUGAUCGUCUUCUCCGUCGUCGUUUCUGAAGCUUGGAGAAGAAGACACAGUCACGUUUCUGUCGAGACUGCUACAAUCGAGGAUCCGACAUCCUUAAAACAGGUUGUUCGAUGCCCUCAGAUCUCAGACCCUGCGGAGAAGUAUUUGUCAUUAAUUGUUCCGGCUUUCAAUGAAGAGCAGAGACUUCCUUCUGCUCUACAGGAAACUAUGGAUUACCUUCAAGGUCGUGCAUCACGGGAUAAGAGCUUUUCUUAUGAGGUGGUGAUUGUUGAUGAUGGAAGCGUGGAUGGAACAAAAAGAGUAGCUUUUGAUUUCGUUAGAAAGUACACAGUUGACAACGUAAGGGUCAUACCACUCGGGAAGAACCAAGGGAAAGGAGAAGCUAUUAGAAAAGGAAUGUUGCAUUCUCGUGGUGAGCUGCUUCUCAUGUUGGAUGCUGAUGGAGCUACUAAAGUAACUGACCUCGAAAAACUUGAAAACCAGAUCCUUGCAGUAGCUAGAGAAGAGCAUUCAAUCAGAGAUCCAACAACGUCAAAGCAUUCGGAUUUUAGGAUAGGUGAUGUGCAAGUGUGUGCAUUUGGUUCUCGUGCUCAUCUUGAGGAGAAAGCUAUUGCUACAAGGAAAUGGUAUCGCAACUUCUUGAUGAAAGGUUUCCAUCUCGUGGUUCUGUUGGCUGCUGGUUCUGGAAUCCGAGAUACACAGUGUGGGUUCAAGAUGUUUACUAGAGCUGCUGCUAGAAGACUAUUCACAAACAUCCAUCUGAAAAGGUGGUGCUUUGAUGUUGAGUUGGUGUUCCUGUGCAAGCGUUUUAAUAUUCCAAUGCUUGAGAUCUCUGUGAAGUGGUCUGAAAUCCCGGGGUCUAAAGUGAGUAUGCUGAGCAUUCCCAACAUGGUUUGGGAGCUUGCUUUGAUGUCUGUGGGAUACAGAACUGGCAUGUGGAAGAUCAUCCAUCAAGCAUAAGACAAGGACACAGACAUGUACAUAGGAAGAAUUUUCAUCGGCUUUUACUGCAAAGAUAGAAAAGUUUGUUGGGUUCUUUUCUUUCUUUCAAUAGAUGUAAACAAUAAAAGCUUAACGGGAUUUAUAUUAAACGAUGUGAUGGAAAAAACUACGACCGCUGUGGCUUUUAUUUACAGUACUUUAGUAAUAACUUUCAAACGACC